UGCGUUUUGUGAGCUGUCUGCUAGUGUUGUGUCACUGUAAGCUACGUGUUCUGCAUUGCAGUUUUCCGUGUAUUGAUAUUCCUGGGCAUGUUAGACAUGUCGUCUGGCGCGCGUAUGAAAGUCUUCCGCUGUCCAACUGAUGAACUGACGCUGACAAAUUGUGCAAUUUUGAAUGAAGGGGAUUUUCCCAAUGAUGUAAAACAUAUAGAAGUCACACCCAAGAAUGGGAAAGAGUUUAUAUUCAGUGUGCGGUUCCAUCCUGAUGUACCUCGGGGCCAUGUUGGCUUCAGCUUACCUCAACGCAAAUGGGCAAUGUUGUCACUAAAUGAAGAGAUACUGGUGAAACCAUAUUAUUUUGAUCCUACUUCCAGUUCAGAGUGCUUGUGCACCAUUGUUCUAGAAGCAGAUUUUCUGCAAAAGAAAUCUGUAUCACUGGAGCCAUACGACACAGACCUUAUGGCCCGUGAGUUCUUGCUUCAGUUCUCUGGCCAAGCUUUCACAGUUGGUCAACAGUUGGCAUUUAGUUUUCAAGAUAAAAAGCUACUGGGACUUGUAGUGAAAAGCCUUGAAGCUGCUGACUUGAAUGCUAUCAAAGCUGGCCAGGAUGCUAAACCGAAGAAAACCAGGCUGGGAAGAUGCUUAGGUGACACAAUUGUCCAGUUUGAGAAGGCAGAAAAUUCUUCUCUUAAUUUAGUUGGAAAAGCCAAAGGUAAACAGCCACGGCAGUCUAUUAUCAACCCAGACUGGGAUUUUCAGAAAAUGGGAAUUGGUGGUCUGGAUAAAGAAUUCAAUGCUAUAUUCAGACGAGCUUUCGCAUCACGUGUUUUUCCUCCAGAAGUGGUUGAACAAUUAGGCUGCAAACAUGUGAAAGGCAUACUGUUAUAUGGGCCUCCAGGUACAGGAAAGACACUGAUGGCAAGACAGAUAGGCACAAUGCUUAAUGCUCGUGAGCCCAAAAUAGUCAAUGGCCCUCAAAUUUUGGAUAAAUAUGUUGGUGAAUCAGAGGCCAACAUUAGACGUUUAUUUGCAGAUGCUGAGGAGGAGGAAAAAAGAUUAGGUCCAAACAGUGGUCUUCAUAUCAUUAUUUUUGAUGAAAUUGAUGCUAUCUGCAAGUCCCGUGGGUCUGUCGCGGGGAACACAGGUGUUCAUGACACUGUUGUAAAUCAGCUGCUGGCUAAAAUUGAUGGUGUCGAACAGUUGAACAACAUAUUAGUCAUUGGAAUGACAAAUCGACGUGAUAUGAUAGAUGAAGCACUGCUUCGACCUGGACGCUUAGAGGUCCAGAUGGAAAUAGGUCUUCCAAAUGAGAAUGGGCGUUUCCAGAUCCUCAGUAUACAUACAAGCAGAAUGAAGGAUCACAAGAAGCUUGCACCAGAUGUGGACAUAAAGGAGCUUGCAGCACUGACAAAAAAUUUCAGUGGUGCUGAACUGGAAGGUCUGGUGCGUGCUGCUCAAUCAACUGCCAUGAACAGACUCAUCAAAGCAUCAAGCAAAGUUGAAGUUGAUCCUGAGGCAAUGGAGAAGCUGUUGGUUGACAGAUCAGACUUUCUGCAUGCACUGGAACAUGAUAUAAAGCCAGCCUUUGGUACAAGUGCAGAAGUACUGGAACACUUCUUGUCACGUGGUAUUAUCAAUUGGGGUACACCUGUUAGUGGUGUGUUUGAAGAUGGCAUGCUUCUAAUUCAACAAGCUCGCAUGACAGACACAUCAGGAUUGGUGUCUGUAUUGCUUGAAGGACCUCCUAAUUCAGGAAAAACUGCUAUUGCUGCACAGCUUGCAAAAGAUUCAGAUUUCCCAUUUGUCAAAGUGUGUUCUCCUGAAGAAAUGGUUGGCUAUACAGAAUCUGCAAAAUGUUUACAAAUCAGAAAGGUUUUUGAUGAUGCAUAUAGGUCACAACUCAGCUGUAUACUUGUUGAUAAUAUUGAACGUUUACUUGAUUAUGGUCCUAUUGGACCCAGGUAUUCCAAUUUGACACUUCAGGCACUUUUAGUGCUUCUGAAGAAAGAACCACCAAAAGGCAGGAAACUCCUCAUACUGUGCACCAGUAGUAGAAGGCAAGUUCUUGAAGACAUGGAAAUGAUGUCUGCCUUCACAGCUGUACUCCAUGUACCAAAUCUUUCUAAACCAGAGCACCUUAUAGCAGUGCUAGAAGAAACUGAUGUUUUUUCGAAGAAAGAUGUUGCUACAAUUAGUCGGAAAAUACAGGGCCAGCGGUUAUUUAUAGGAAUUAAGAAAUUGUUGGCUUUAAUUGAUAUGGCUCGACAAACUGAGGAACAGUACAGAAUUAUAAAAUUUCUUUCAAAAUUGGAGGAAGAAGGUGCCCUUGAAUCUUCUUCUCGUGGUCUUCAGUAGUGUCUAUUAAAAGGUGUUGAUAUUGUUCUGUCAUCACAGUUUCAUUAAGAAAUGAGAUGAUGAUAAUGAAUGUGUGAAAUCCUUUUUCUUAUAAUACCUGAAGACUAGUGCAUUUCUCAUACAUAUAUAAGCUAGAUGUAAUUUCUGUAUUGUAAGUAAAAUUCAUGUGUAACAGUAUUUUUAUCCUAGUUGUCAUGUAGCAUACAAAAUUUGUUAUUUUGUUGAGACAGCUACAUGCACUAAUGUUGUAGAAGGAACUUAAUUUAUGGAGACUGGUAGACUGUCUUUUUACUUGGAAGCAAGUGUAAACCAUAAAGCAUUAUACUACAGAUUUUCAUUCUGUAGAUUAUACUCUUUGUUAACUAUUGUAUGUUCUCACAACAGAUGCCAAUAAUCUAUACAUAGUAAACGACGUAAAAGUCGUACUAUGUUUGUGAUAAUUUUGUGUGUGUGCGCUUGUGUGAAUGUCUGGCAUUCAGACAGAUUGAAUUUUUUAUAAUGUCAUUGUUUAUUAGCAUGCAAAAGAUUAUAACUUCUGGAAAUGGUGUAAAGAUUACCCGAAAAGAACAUUUUCCUGAAGAAUUACUCAGUGACCCACUACUCUGUGUCAUAUUUAAAUUAGUUUGUAUUUGUGUAUGCUACUAAAGCUGUUGGUAAAAUGUGUUGAUACAAAAUGACAUUACAUUUUAAAUUUUGUUAAAAUAUUUGCAUUUCUUCUGAUUUAAAAUUCACAAGAGGUGUAUCAAACACCUGGUCGUUGGUGAUGUGUAACCAAAAAAUAAGGUGCUAAAAGAUUGUUUUAUUUGACAUUAGUCGCAGAAAUCUGACAUGAAUGUUGUUCAGAGUACACUCAUGUAAGACAGAAUCAGCAUUUGUUACAAAAUGUGCCUUUUUAAAAGUUUGACUUGAAAUGCUCUCAUAAAAUUUGUGUCAGUGUAGUAAAACAUUCUCACACAAGUGUUUAAGUAAAACUGAAAAUGUUUAAGUAAAAUUUACAAUGACAAGUACAUUUGAUUUCCAGGAAGAUACUAAGGUUAACAAUUUUCUAUUUUGUCAGCUUCCUCCCUUCUACUUAUUAUUAGUUAACUGGAAAUCACUUUCUCAUUGAGAGAUGUAAAUUCUGCAUCAGGGUAGGAAUCAUUUGACAAUUUCAUUCAGCUUGUGUGCUCAUGUACUCAAUAUUUUAUUAAUAGAUUCAAUUCUCUUACUAUGAAGCUUUUAACUGCAUCAUUGUCAGGGUGCAAUUUCUUCACUCAGUACUUCAUUGUUUUUUGCAUAUUUAUUAAUCAUUUGUAUUCCUUAGUGAGUCUUCCAGCACCAGAACUUAAAUUUCAUCUUCCUCCAUACAUUUUGUGGCUUGAUGUGAAGGAUAAGAGGUUCUCUGUGAUAAAGUUCUGGGUUUAUGUAUUUAUCAAAAUCACUAUACCAAUUCCUUUGUCUUCAUUGUGUGUAUUUAUUUGCCAUAGAUAAUGCAAAAAUUUCAUCUGUGCUCUCUCCAUGAAUUUGAAUAAUUGUGUAGAAAUUUGUGUUGCUUUCCAAAUAAAGCAGUUGAAAUAAGAAUUUAUGCUAUCUUACCAGUGUUAUUUAAGUUAUAAUGAAAGCCCUCGCAUGAAAUUAUUGCGAGCAUGUUUUGUCUUUUUUCAAUGUUGCACUCUGUAAUUUAGAUACUUUGCUUGAAUUCCUAUGGUGAGUAAAAUGGAGGAAUAGAAGGAAAUUAAAAAAAUAAAUGAACACUGCAAAUGUUCUGCAAAUCCAUGCUUAUGAAAGAUCGGGCUGUUCUAUAUUCAUUUGAGACAAAUGUUUUUAAGUCAUUGCAUGCUGUUAGUUGUGUGUGCUAUUGUAUUUUACUGGGAGAUACAGUAAACCGGCACGUAGUCCCUGAUUUCAUUUUCAGAGUAAAAAAUCUUCAUUAAAUAGUAAAUUGUUUAUUGAAGUUUAUUGUAAUCAUUAACAACACUGUUGGCUCUUGACAUAAUAUAUGAAAUGCCAAUAAAUGUAAAUAAUUGUUACAUCUUUGUUAAAACUUUUUCAGGUGUAUAAAUAAUUUUUGUAUGUGUCUUGUUGGUUACUGUGUUCAUUUUUGUGUUUCUCAUAUUCAUGUUGUCACUGUGUCCGAAGAGAAAGUGACUGUGCCAUUUAUUCAAAAUAAUAUAUCACUUAAUGUACAGUUAAUGUUAAUAGUGUCCAGUAAUGCUGAAAAGCUCAUUUUAUGAUGUAGUAACUUGGAAAAAAUCAUUCCUUUACACAUUCCAUGAUACACUCACAAAGAACAGUGAGUAACAUAUAUAGUAUAAUUAAUAAUUUCUUUAAAAAAAAAAUACACCAGUAUUCAAGUGGAUUACACACAGCCUUUAAAAUAUUUUAAAGGUCCUAAAAAAUUUUGUAAUUGCUUUUAAUUGUAUUAUACUUUAUAAUAUAAUCCUUUCAGUUUGUACUUGAAAUGUAUCACUAUUGUUUUAUUGACAUGUUGUAUUAUUCAUUCUACUAGAUAUAGAUAGCAUAAGCUAUAAUUAAGUAAAACAGAGUACUUUCCAUUUUGUUAAUUGCAGUUAUAUAUGCAAUAUAUGCUGCUGAACAGAUGAUUAUGUAGUUGAUCUGCCUGCUUAUCAGCAGAAAUGGUAUACCAGUUAAACUUCUAGUCAGAUGCUUCUUGUGGAUGUACUAGCACAUUAAAUGGUAGGUGUUAUUGUGCAGAAUGUGUCAAAUUCUUAGAAAAUUUAUUCUACUUAACUAAAUGUAAAUUCCUUCAGUACAUAUGGUUGGAUCUCACCCUCAACCUCCUCAACAGAUUAAGGUUGCAUUAAAGUUAGAGUGGUAUUCUUCACAUUCUGUAGCAAUGAACUUGCACUGGAUAAAGAACUAUAAAUUAUAGAUGUUUUGUAUAACAGAUUGUAGUUUCUUCCUUUAAAAAUAUAUAUAUCCUCAAUGGAAAUGGCCUUAGCAGUUUUGAUUUUGACUGUUCGAUAAAAGUUACAGUAUGACUGGUAUAAGUAUUGUUCACUAGAGGAACAUUCUGUACUUAUGUAAAUAAAAAUAAUACAAUUAAUUUAUUUGUUAUUAAAGAAAUGAAGAAUAAAUUUAUUUAAUUUCAAUGUUAAA